AUGAAAAUGGGGGUGGUUGUCAAGAAGAAGGGAAUAAGGAGGAACAAGGAUUUAAAAGGAGGAACCACGUCAAUCACAGAUUUGCUUCCUUUUCAUUUCCUAGGUGUCAACAAUAAACGGCUUGGUGUCUGUGGCUGGAUCCUGUUUUCCCUCUCCUUCCUCUUGGUGAUCAUGACCCUCCCCAUCUCUAUAUGGGUGUGCUUGAAGAUCAUUAAGGAGUAUGAACGCGCUGUUGUUUUCCGUCUGGGACGCAUCCAAGCUGACAAAGCCAAGGGACCAGGUUUGAUCCUGGUUCUGCCAUGCAUAGAUGUGUUUGUCAAAGUUGACCUCCGAACAGUUACUUGCAACAUUCCUCCACAAGAGAUCCUCACCAGAGACUCCGUGACUACUCAGGUGGAUGGAGUUGUCUAUUACAGAAUCUACAGUGCUGUCUCGGCAGUGGCCAAUGUCAAUGAUGUCCAUCAAGCCACAUUUCUGCUGGCUCAAACCACUCUGAGAAACGUCUUGGGGACACAGACCUUGUCCCAGAUCUUGGCUGGACGAGAAGAGAUUGCCCAUAGCAUCCAGACUUUACUUGAUGAUGCCACUGAGCUGUGGGGGAUCCGGGUGGCCCGAGUGGAAAUCAAAGAUGUUCGGAUUCCUGUGCAGUUGCAGAGAUCCAUGGCCGCUGAGGCUGAGGCCACCCGGGAGGCCAGAGCCAAGGUAAGGGCUGUGCAGUCACACAUGGAGAGAGAGCUGCCUCGUGUUGGGGUCAACAAGGAUAGGACUUGA